UAGGACCCAGUGGAUGCUCCGGAGAGGCAGGCAGCGGGGCUCGGCUCUGAGACUGAAGCAGACAAAGGCAAGCGGAGAGACGGCGUGCCGCUAUCCUGCUGCAUCGACUCGCAACACCCUCACAUCCAGCUCCCCUCCCUCUCACACACACACACACACACACACACACCCUUCCUUCCUUCCUUCACUCCAGCUGCGACGCAGGACUGAUUUUCCCCCCCAACAUCACAUCAUCUACGACCACCGCYGCCAUCAUGGAGCUGGACUUYGGGCAUUUUGACGAGAGGGACAAGACGUCCCGCAACCCGCGGAGUGGGAGGAUGAACGGACUGCCCAGCCCCACGCACAGCGCCCACUGCAGCUUCUACCGCACACGYACCCUGCAGGCUCUCACCAACGAGAAGAAGGCCAAGAAAGUGCGCUUCUACCGCAACGGGGACAGAUACUUCAAGGGCAUUGUGUACGCCGUGGCCAACGACCGGUUUCGGACCUUCGAUUCUCUUCUGGCCGACCUUACGCGCUCCCUCUCUGACCACAUCAAUUUGCCGCAGGGGGUUCGUUUCAUCUUCACCAUUGACGGAUCGCGCAAGAUCGCGUCUCUGGACGAGCUGGAGGAAGGUGAAAGCUACGUUUGCGCAUCUGAGAACUUGUAUAAGAAAGUCGAUUACACAAAGAACGUCAAUCCCAACUGGUCUGUGAACGUCAAGGCCUCCGCCAGCCAGAAGAACAUGCAGUCCCUGGCCGCCAAGGCCGCCGGCGAUCCCAGAGAGGGCAAAGACUUUGUCCGGCCGAAGCUGGUCACGGUGAUGCGCAGCGGCGUGAAGCCCCGCAAAGCCGUCCGUGUCCUCCUCAACAAGAAGACCGCGCACUCUUUCGAGCAGGUGCUGACCGACAUCACGGAGGCCAUCAAGCUCGAAAGCGGAGUGGUCAAGAGGAUCUACACGCUGGAUGGCAAGCAGGUCACCUGCCUUCAAGACUUCUUUGGUGAUGACGAUGUCUUCAUUGCAUGUGGACCAGAGAAAUUUCGCUACGCACAGGAUGACUUUUCACUGGAUGAGAACGAAUGCCGGCUGAUGAAGGGGGCGGCGGCCAAGGCCCAGCGCGGUUCGGUAAAGAGUCCUGGUCCGAUCAAGCGCUGCAAAUCUCCUGCUGACUCCACCAACGGGACCGGCUCCAGCAGCCAAAUCUCCACCCCGAUAUCCAAACAUUCCCCCACCUCCACCCCCACCAGUCCAGGCCUGAACAACAAGCAGAAGGAUCUCUACCUGCCCUUAUCUCUGGAAGAUGAGGACUCUCUGGGAGAAUCGAUGUAACUUCCUUCCUGCAGCCAGCCUUCGUUUUGGCCUGAAACACAGAAGUUUGACACGUCUGCUGCUUUCCACCUUCACUCACAGUGCCACCAGUCGAAGAGAACCGCUCUUUGUCUCUCUCUCUCUCUCUUUUGGGCCUUUGACACCAUUUGCUGCUUGAGAAUAACAAUCGGUUGUUAAACUCAGUCUCGUCAGCUCACUAAUGUUCAGACACGAUAACCACUUGAUCGCUGUUUAUGGAUUUUCAUCAGAAUAAGUAAUUUUAGACAUGUCCACCCGGGGUACACUUUUAAAUUUCCACUCAAGCAGCAAAUGGGGGAAUUUUCAGCCACACGUUGAACAACUUUUUUUUUUAUUCACUUUACAUUUUUGUGACUGUCCUCCUGUCCCUCCGUCCAACCGUUGAAGGUGUGAAUGUUACUGGUUCCUAGUCUGAGGAGGAGGGUCUGUUGAUGAGGGUAUUUCUAAACCUGCUGUGUAAAUACUGUGUACAGCCAUCCGUCCACCAUAACCUCUCUGCUCAGUGUCUGUUGCUGUGCUUCCAUUUUGUCACUACAAUGUUCAACCUUCACUUGACAUGUCACAGGGUCACGGGGUCAAAGUAGACGAAAGAAAUCAAGCGGUGAUGGUUUGGGUUGUUGGGAUUAGAGGGAUUAUCCGUCAGAAAUGUUUUAAAGUAAAUAAAGUAUAAUUUCAGAAAACUGUAAGCACUGAGGCUUCACACAGUGUGCAAUAGAAAUUUAUUGGCAUGAAUUUUGCCCAGUCGGACCGAACGGGAAGAUGUAAAGGCGUCGUCUCCUAUUUCUCUAAAUGUUCAUGCUUCAUCUGCUUUGACCUUUAGACGGUAGGCUAUAAGUGGUUCGUACCCUCCGUGUUUUUCACAAGAUGCAGUGCAUGAUAUUGUAUGAAACUUUUAAGUUUAAAAAGCUGAUUUCUUUGUUUUGUUUUUUUUUGAAGGACCUAAUGGUACAUAAAAACAACCAAAGCAAAAUCAAGUAGGCCCAGAAUGCAGCUUUUAUAUCCUGAGCUGAUUAAUUCCCCUUUAAGCCACUUUAUCACCUCCUUUUUGGUUCGACCGCAACUUGUGGUGAGUUUUAACAAUAAAUGGUGUCCGGCAGAAAUAUCAACAACACUUAGACUUUUUCCAGUUUUUGUCAUGUUGCAGCCACAAACUUGAAUAAUACGUCUUUUGGAACCAAUGACAGGUUUUCUUUCCUCUCCAUUAAGUCCRUCCAUUCCCACAGCCUGAUGCUGCUGCUACCUUGUUUGAUGGUGGUGGUGCCUUCACAGACCAGCUGGGUUAAAAAAGAUUCAAUUACUCAUGGUUAGACUCUAGUUACUAAUUGGAUCACACUUGGAAGCACCUGGUUGCACCRUUUAAUUAGUAGCAUCACUGUACGUUUCUGUAUACACGUUCACGCUGCACUUUUAAGUUUGUAAAAAUGUUAAAUAUCAGCUUGAAACUUGCGGUUUAUAGUUUCCUUUCCCUUCACAAAUAUGCGGUGCGACUUUGUCUUGGCCCAAAAGAAAGAAAAUUUAAAUUUUGUGGUUGCUGCGUGUCAGAAUGCAGAAAGGUUUAAGCAUCAGAACCGCUUUCGACCGGCACCAAAACCGGUGGGGUGGGGGGAAUAAAUCUCAAAGCCAAAGUGUUGUUUUGACCAAGAACAAACAAAACGGGAGGAGAUGUAACGUUUUGAUGGUAGUGAGCACACAUGGAGCUGAUGCAUGUCUCAUUGAAAUAAUAAAUCCUCUUCAUCUAAGGCAGGCCGUUGCAUUACGGCGCUAAGGCAGUAGUGGGAUUUCUCCUCUUUUUGCAUGGCUCGGCAUAGUUCAGGGAUCGUGGGAGGGUGGUGAAAAUAUGUUUGUCUAAAUUUCAUGUGUGGGCUUAAAAGUUUUAUAAAGCUUAUUAAUUUAUAUUAAAGGUACCUGUGCAGGAUUCCUCAUUUCCUUAGUUUAAACUUGCUCCGAACAAGUUUUUCCACGCUUCUGUGUGCAAUUUUGUAUCUCCAUAUUUCUCUUUCUGUCGUUGCGACUUCUUACGGCGCGCCCACUCUAAGGUGGAGAUGGGAGUUUUACUUGGCAGGGAAUCAAGCCUGAGACGUCUCUGAAUCGAAUGACUGAAGCACAAAAGCAGGGAACCACUAAUUCAUUUACGACAACAGAUUUUUACCGGCCGGCCUCUCAAAACGAUUAACCACCCAUUCUCAAUAGUCAUAAAAUGCUGCACAUGUAGCAUCUUUUCGAUUAAGUACUAUGCAUUUGGAUUCAACAGUUGCUGACAUUAUUCUCUUUGGUAGAAAUUGCCUUUUUAUUAAAAUAAGAAGUGUGAUUAGAAAGGAGCCUAAAGUGAGCUUUUUUUUAUUUUUAAUUUUUUUCCAUUGUGAUGAAUCGUCUGUCUGGAAGUCCUGUCUUUAGAUGUGACGCUGCGUCCGCCUGCUUGAUGAUCUUUGGUCGAUGUUUUUUUCUCGUCAGCCUCAACGCUGAACACAAGCCAUCACAAUCUGGUGCUGUGACUCCACCUUUCUCCAGCAGGGAGCGCUGUUAUGCCAGCACAACAACUAAAAUCAGCAGCAGGGGGCGCGUCCCUUUGACUCCUAUUUUAUACCAAUAAAAGGAAAAACACAAAAAGAAUAAAAACAAUUUCCUAUUGCUUCUGUUAAACCUCACGCGCUAAUGUUCUAGUUUCCUUACAACUUUUUACAUCUCAACAUAUUUAAGCAGAAAAUGUUUGUCUUGAAUGAAGCGGCUGCCACCAUUGAAGAUGACUGGUGUGAUUUAUCACCAUCAGUGGUGCCUUUCUUUUUUCUUUUCUAGAUAAAUGUCUUUUGAUAAAAACAAUAAAUGGAACGCAAGAAGGCUUGUUCUUUAGCAGCUAUUUGUAAUAMAUUUUUUUAAAUGUCUUAAACGAAGAGGCCUCCUAUCACACUUUGUUUUGUAGAGAUACAGGACACUUUGCCAUGGUGUAAAUACACUUCUUUCCUCUUCUUUCAUAAUGUAUGCCUUUCGGAUCAAAUUACUUUCUUUCUCUCUCUCUAAAAUUGACACUGUUGUUUUUAGUGGUAUUUUGCAAUGUUACCGUGGCUUGUUUCAGUGCUUCAUUCAAUGUAUUAACUGGUAUCCUUUUGCAAAUAAAACAUUGGUAUUUCA